UAUAUAUCAUCAGUCUGAGGAAGGGUUUCGGCCCGAAACGUCGCCUAUUUCCUUCGCUCCAUAGAUGCUGCUGCACCCGCUGAGUUUCUCCAGCAAUUUUGUGUACCUUCGAUCUUCCAGCAUCUGCAGUUCCUUCUUGAACACAUAUUUAUAUAUAUUUUUGUUUGGGAAGGGCUGGGCGUCUUAAGGUCGCUGAGAUUGUUACACGGACAUGUUUUUACAAACUGGAGAUGCUGACUGUCCUGUCCCGCUGAGUUACUCCAACAUUUUGUGUCUUUCUCGGGCGAGAUGUUAAGCAAAUUAACUGCAAAAUGACAACGAACUCCAUAAGAAAGAAAGUAAAGCAACACCGAACGGGAAAACCCUAUUCAUCCAGAGGAAUUCAGGAAGAAUUCCAGGAGGGAAAGGAAAUUACAUAUUUGGCACAGGCAAAUCAUCUUCCCAUGGAGCAAUUUUUACCAGCGGUAGUAGCCAAUGGUCCUCACAACAUUCCGGUCUAUAAUGGAGACUUUACCAACCCCACAAAGACUGGCUUGCAGAAGGAUGUCUGGAUGUCUGCAUUUGGCGUGCCAUCAGCACAAGCACAGGAAGAACAAAGAAUUAUUUCAGUGAAGGCAAUGGAUACCCCAUUGUCCACUCAUUACGAGCGGGAUGUACGACCAUGCAUUGAUCUCAUUGAUUCUCUGAGAGGAUUUGGUGUGGAUAAGGAUCUCGGACUUCCAGCCAUUGCAGUGAUUGGUGACCAGAGCUCUGGGAAGAGCUCAGUGUUGGAGGCGCUCUCAGGAGUGGCCUUUCCCAGAGGGAGUGGAAUUGUAACAAGAUGCCCACUCGAAUUGAAGUUAAAAAAUGUCAAAAAAGCAAAUGUUUGGAAGGGGAAAAUCAGCUACAAGGAUUAUGAGAAAACACUCAGUAGUGCAGCUGAGGUGGAACAAGAAAUUCGCAAAGCCCAGGACAGUAUUGCAGGGGAGGGAGUGGGAAUCAGCCAUGAACUAAUCAGCCUCGAAGUUGAAUCCUCCAAUGUCCCUGACCUGACUCUGAUAGACCUGCCGGGUAUCGCCCGAGUCGCCGUUCGUGACCAGCCCCAAGAUAUCGGAGACCAGAUUAAGAGACUCAUUAAAUUUUUUAUUCUGAAACGAGAGACAAUUAACCUUGUGGUUGUGCCUUGUAACGUCGACAUAGCAACCACAGAAGCACUGAAAAUGGCCCAGGAAGUGGACCCUACUGGAGACAGAACUUUGGGUAUUUUGACCAAACCUGACCUGGUGGACAAAGGAACAGAGAAAGACGUAGUUGAUAUUAUGAAGAACCUGACAGUAGAGCUGACAAAGGGAUACAUGAUCGUUAAGUGUCGUGGCCAGCACGACAUUGAUGAAAAGAUAUCACUGGUGGACGCAAUCGCCAAGGAAAAAGCAUUUUUUGAAGACCACGAACAAUUUGGGCCACUAUUGGAGGAAGGAAAGGCAGGCAUCCCAAAUUUGGCUGUUCGGCUUACAAAGGAACUGGUCAACCACAUUAAUAAAUCGUUGCCUCACUUGCGAAAUGAAAUAGAAACCAAGCUGAACCAGUCGUUGCAAUCCCUCAAGAAGUACAGCCACGCAGUCCCCGCUUCUUACUCGGAGCAAAUAACAUUCUUAAUCGAGAAAAUUAACAGCUUCUGCAGCCACAUAAAAAAUCUGACCAUGGGGGAGGAACCUCAGGACAAGGUAGAUGGCGUGCGGUACAUCACCGUGGUACGAAAUGAGUUUGAUGAAUGGAACACAUUCCUGGACAAAUGUGUGUCAAAAUUUAAAAAGCACAUGAAACUUGUAGUUCUUGAAUAUGAAAGCUCAUACCGUGGAAGAGAGCUGCCGGGGUUUGUCAACUACAAUACCUUUGAAUCCUUCAUUAAGGAAGAGGUCUCUACACUGGAAGAACCAGCAAUUACGAAACUGAAGACAAUCACAGAUAUCACAAGGGAUAUUUUUAUGGUCGUUGCCGAGCAACAUUUCAGUGCCUUUAGUAACCUGUUCAAAGCUGCCAAGGUCAAAAUCGCAAUUAUGAGCAACAAGCAAGAAACGGAAGCAGAAAAGUUUCUGCAGGCCCAGAUUAAGGUUGAGAGUGUAGUGUAUUCUCAAGACCGUCUGUACAGUGACAGCCUUUCUAAAGCAAAAAGCAAUUUACCACAAGCUUUUGCAAAUGGCAGCAUCCAAGAAAUGUCGUAUCAUCUCGAAGCAUAUUACAAGAUUGUCUCUCAUCGACUGGCUGACCAGAUCCCCAUGGUCAUACGCUGCUACAUUUUAAACGAAUUUGCUGACAAACUACGGAUAGAGAUGCUUCAACUCAUCCAAGACAAGGAUCGCAUCAGUGUUUAUCUAAUGGAAGAUGAAGACACACAGAGGAAGAGGGAUGACCUCAAAAGCAAAAUAGACCGAUUGAGACAAGCCCAGAAGAAAUUGCUUGAAUUUGGUUAAAUGAAUGUUGAACGAAGGUCACUGAAAACUGUAAAGAUGCGUUUAUAUUUUGUUUGCUAAUUUUCAUAUUUCUUGCUAACUUCCGCUCUUGAAGGGAUUAAAUCCUUACUACAGUUUAGUCUCGGAGUUCACAAUCAAAUACCAGCGACCUUUAUUCCUGUCUAAUUGCGGAAUGACAACCUAUCCAUGGACAGGUACAUGGAUAGGAUAGACUUAGAAGAAUAUGGGCCAAACACAGGCAGGUGGAACUGGUGCAGAUGGGACUUGCGGGUCAGCAUGGGCAAGUUGGGCCUUUUUCCACAUUCUUUGACUAUAUAUUUGCGUUAGAGGAACUUAGGGUAUCUCCUCACCCAAUUUCCAUAUUUGUGAUCUUCCUCCUGGCUCAUGUCCUCUUUCCAAUCAAAGGAAUACUUGUUCCCAUCCCAUCCUGACUGAGAUUGGCUAACUCUGGAAAACAUGGAUUGAUUUUAAAUUGAAGGAAGGCACAAAAUGCUGGAGUAACUCAUAGAUUCAUAGAUAAUAGGUGCAGGAGUAGGCCAUUCGGCCCUUCGAGCCUGCACAGCCAUUCAAUAUGAUCAUGGCUGAUCAUCCAACUCAGUAUCCUGUACAUGCCUUCUCUCCAUACCCCAUGAUCCCUUUAGCCACAAGGGCCACAUCUAACUCCCUCUUAAAUAUAGCCCAUGAACUGGCGUCAACUACCUUCUGUGGCAGAGUUCCAGAGAUUCACCAGCUAGGCAGCGGCUAGGAAGCAUCUCUGGAGUGAAGGAACAGGUGACGAGACCCUCCACCUGAGUGACUGAGUUACUCCAGCAUUUUGUGUCCUAUUUUUGGUGUAAAACAGUAUCUGCAAUUCCUUCCUACAUAUAUUGAUCUUAAAUUGUCUGUAUAUUGAGCAGCCUGGUGUAAACUGGUUGAAGCUGCCAAGGAACCUUUAAUUGUUUUUUGAUGUAUCUUAUGUGGAAUCUCUUUGCUUAAUGGACACACAAGAGAUUGAUUUUGCACAAAGCUCCUGGCCCGAAACGUCUUCUGCCCUUUUCCACAGAUGCUGCCUGACCCGCUGGUUUUGUUUUUACACUUAGCUAAUGUACCCCGGGAAUUACAUUCCGUAUCAUAUUUUGAAUGUGAGAAUGGAAUUUAAAGUGUGAUUAAAUUUAAAUUAAUUCUAAUCACACUAUAAAAAUGUAAUCAAGUUUUAAAACAAAUUUGCAUUUGACUUGGAAGGAAGUAGAUAAUUAUCAGGUAUAGCAUUCACAAGGAUGCAGAAUGGUGGAAUUUAGUGUUUGAUAUGUUUUCUUUGUUACACUGGUAGUUUUUCCUCUGGUGUUGGUUGUUCACAUUGCUGAGAGAAUGUUUGUUUAAAAUAUUAUUCAACGUAGCUCAUAAGGCAUUGUAAUCUUGCUAAGUUAUUUCUAAUAUAUAUUGGUUCAGUCGUAGGAUAAUUGGUAAUAUAUCCAUUAGUCCGGUAUCAAAAAGAAGCAAACAUAUU